AUGCACAAGUCAGAGACCUCGAAGAUACAACCACUUAUCACGGUGCUGUUGGUGGCGGUGGAGUCAGGAUUCGGUCCGCAACUCACAAGGAGGCAGGACAGUGCAAUAUCAUCGUUAUCAGUGCCGGGGCGAAGCAGAGACAAGGCAAGUUCGCGAUUUGGCCUCCGACGUCGCAAUUUGGCCAUUUUAAAGUCCGCCACAUAUGAUAUGAAGCCAUUCCGCGAAGACACCGUCAUUUUGCUGGUAGCAAAUCCUGUGGAUGUAUUGACCUACUUUUGCCAGAAGUAUUCUGGCUUACCCAAAGGCCAAAUCAUUGGGAGUGGGACCUUCCUCGACAGUGCAAGGCUGAGAGGUAUCUUGGCUGCAAAGCUCGGUGUUGAUGCUGGCAGCGUGGAUGCUUAUGUGCUGGGGGAGCACGGAGAAUCGCAGAUGGUGGCUUGGUCCUGCGUCACCGUUGGCGCUGUGCCACUGGAUCAGUGUCUCUUGCCAGGAGCGUCUAUCGAUCGCAAAGCCGUUGCGCUGGAAACGAAAGACAAAGCAGCAAAGAUCAUCGAAGCGAAAGGGGCCACAGCCUACGGCAUUGGAGCCCUGAGUGCUGCCAUCUGCAAGUCGAUCUUGUUUGACCAACGAAAUGUUCGUCCAAUCUCUCACUGGGUUGCCGAGUAUGGAUGCUGCUUGAGUUUACCAGUAGUCCUUGGGCGGCGGGGAAUAAUCAGAUCUCUCAGCAUCCCACUGAACCAAGAGGAGAGAGGUCUGUUACACAAGAGUGCCGACACUCUAAAGAAAUUUAUCCAAGAAGCAGAGCAGGCGCAGAAGUAG